AAUCUAAUACAAACUCACAAGCACUUCAAGAUGUUCGCAUUUUCACUAACACCAUAAUGUUCCACACAUGCAAAACACGCAGCGCACUCUUUUUCCACUCUCUCCGUCUCUGUCUUCCCACUCUCCCUCAUCUUUAUCUCUCCACCAAAGACUUCCCAUCUUCCGCAUGACCAUCUUACCACCAUGAAACCAAAUCAUCUAAGGUGGUUGAGUUGAGACCGCGGUACGUUGAAGUCAUUCCUAUCCUAUGAGAUUUCUAAAUCUUCCGGCUGCCGGAAUGUUCAAAAAAAUCAGAAUUCUCCGGUGAAAUUAUCUGUCGUUUUUGAUUUGGUGUUUUGACAUAAAUUUCAAUCUGAAGGAGGUUUCCGGCGGAUCGUAAUGGCGGCUGCGUUGGCCGGAGAUGAUCUGGCGAGAUUGGGGAGCAGCCGGAGGAGUUUGGGAGGGUCGGGAAGCCGGAGGAGUUUGGGGGGAUCGGGAAGCCGGAGGAGUUGGGCGUCGGCGAGUUUGAGAGAGGUAUGGCAAGCGCCGCCGGAUGUAUUCCGCCGGAGCGCUCGACAGGAGGACGACGAGGCGGAGCUGAUGUGGGCGGCGAUCGAGAGGCUCCCGACGUACGACCGAAUGAGGAAAGGGAUGCUAUCCAAAGUACUCGAUAACGGUAAAGUUGUGCGUGAUGAAAUAGAUGUCACCAAUCUCGGAAUGCAAGAUAAACAACUGUUGAUGGAGAGUAUACUCAAGGUUGUUGAAGAUGAUAACGAAAAGUUUCUUCAGAGACUCAGGGACAGGACAGAUAGAGUGGGAAUUGAGAUUCCGAAGAUCGAAGUGCGGUAUGAAAAUUUGUCAAUUGAGGGAGAUGUAUAUGUUGGGAGCAGAGCACUUCCUACUCUGUUUAAUGCCACCUUAAACGCAAUCGAGAUGUCUGGGUUCGACAUUUUUAGAGGCUUGAUUUUUCUCGGAAAAUUGCCUAGUCUUCUUGGGCUAAUUCGGCUUGUCCCUUCUAAAAAGAGAAAAAUUCAAAUACUUAAAGAUGUUAGUGGCAUUGUGAAACCUUCAAGGAUGACACUGCUUUUGGGUCCACCAGGCGCGGGGAAAACAACAUUAUUGCUAGCACUUGCAGGGAAGCUUGAUAAGGAUCUAAGGGUAUCUGGAAAAGUUACAUAUUGUGGUCAUGAGUUGAAUGAAUUUGUUCCUCAAAGGACUUGUGCUUACAUUAGUCAGCAUGAUCUUCACUAUGGAGAGCUGACAGUAAGAGAGACAUUGGAUUUCUCAGGACGCUGUUUGGGGGUUGGCACAAGAUAUGAAAUGCUCGUGGAGCUCUCUAGACGAGAGAAAGAAGCAGGAAUUAAACCAGAUCCUGAUAUUGAUGCAUUUAUGAAGGCCACAGCAAUGUCGGGCCAAGAAACCAGUUUGGUUACAGAUUAUGUUCUCAAGAUACUCGGAUUGGAUAUUUGUGUGGAUAUUAUGGUUGGCAAUGACAUGAGAAGGGGCAUAUCUGGUGGACAAAAGAAACGUGUGACCACCGGAGAGAUGUUGGUUGGACCAGCAAAAGCUCUUUUUAUGGAUGAGAUAUCAACCGGGUUGGACAGUUCUACCACUUUUCAAAUUAUCAAGUUCAUGAGGCAAAUGGUUCAUAUAAUGGAUGUGACCAUGAUCAUCUCUCUCUUGCAGCCAGCUCCCGAGACUUAUAAUCUAUUCGAUGACAUCAUAUUACUUGCAGAAGGUCAAAUUGUUUAUCAAGGUCCACGUGAAGAUAUCCUCGAGUUCUUUGAAGUAAUGGGUUUCAAAUGUCCAGAAAGGAAAGGAGUUGCAGACUUUCUCCAAGAAGUAACUUCAAAGAAGGAUCAAGAACAAUAUUGGUGCAAGAAGGACCAACCUUACAUAUAUGUCUCAGUUUCCGAAUUUGCUGAGGCCUUCAACUCAUUCCAUAUUGGUCAACAACUAGCAGCAAAUCUUAGUGUUCCUUACAAUAAAUCAAGAGCCCACCCUGCUGCAUUGGUGACAGAAAAGUAUGGUAUCUCCAAAAGGGAACUCUUCAAGGCAUGCUUUGACAGAGAGUGGCUACUAAUGAAGCGUAACAAUUUUGUAUAUGUGUUCAAGACUACCCAGAUAACAAUCAUAUCAUUGAUAGCCAUGACUGUGUUCUUCCGGACAACAAUGCCAUCUGGCACCUUGGUAGAUGGAGGAAAGUUUUUUGGAGCUCUUUUCUUUAGUCUUAUGAAUGUGAUGUUUAAUGGGAUGGCAGAGCUUGCGAUGACUGUUGUUGUGCUACCUGUCUUCUAUAAACAAAGGGAUUUUUUUUUCUAUCCUCCAUGGGCUUUUGGCUUGCCAAUUUGGGUCCUUAGGAUACCUAUUUCAUUCGUGGAAUCAGGGAUAUGGGUCAUUCUUACGUAUUAUACAAUUGGUUUUGCUCCAGCUGCGAGCAGGUUUUUCCGACAGUUCCUGGCAUUCUUCAGUGUACAUCAAAUGGCUUUGUCUCUGUUUCGUUUUAUUGCUGCAUUGGGGAGAACGCAGGUUGUUGCAAGCACUUUAGGCACCUUUACCUUGCUAAUGGUUUUUGUGCUUGGAGGAUUUAUAGUUGCCAAAAAUGACAUUCAACCAUUUAUGAUAUGGGGUUAUUAUAUUUCUCCAAUGAUGUAUGGACAGAAUGCAAUAGUUAUGAACGAAUUUCUUGAUAAAAGAUGGAGUGCCAACAACACAGACCCCCGAAUUAAUGCUCCUACAAUUGGGAAAGCCCUUCUUACCACAAGAAGCUUCUAUAAGGAUGAUUACAUGUUUUGGGUUUGCAUUGUAGCACUUAUUGGGUUUUCUCUUCUCUUCAACAUUUUGUUUAUUGUAGCGUUGACUUUUUUGAAUCCUCUAGGUGGUUCGAAAGUUGUAGUCUUAGAUGAAGAUAAUGAAAAUAAGAAUAAGAAAUCAUCCUUUGGACAAAUGACAUCUGAAGGUAUUGAUAUGGCAGUGAGAAAUGCUUCACAGGGUAGUUACUCAAAUAUUGGUGCCUCUGGUCAUUCAACAAGAAAAGGAAUGGUUUUGCCCUUCCAACCCCUUUCACUUGCAUUUAGCCACAUCAACUACUAUGUAGAUAUGCCUGCUGAAAUGAAAAAUCAAGGAAUCAAGGAGGAUCGCCUUCAACUCCUACGAGAUGUUAGUGGUGCUUUCAGACCAGGAAUAUUGACAGCGCUUGUAGGUGUUAGUGGUGCUGGAAAGACCACCUUGAUGGAUGUGUUAGCUGGAAGGAAGACCGGCGGAUACAUUGAAGGAACUAUUAGCAUUUCGGGUUACCCAAAGAACCAAUCAACAUUUGCUCGUGUUAGCGGUUACUGUGAACAGAAUGACAUUCAUUCACCAUAUGUCACUGUUUAUGAAUCUCUUUUAUACUCAGCUUGGCUUCGUCUUUCUUCAGAUGUAAACAAAAAAACAUGCAAGAUGUUUGUUGAAGAAGUGACAGACUUGGUUGAGCUUAAUGCGAUAAGAAAUUCUUUAGUUGGCCUUCCAGGAAUUAAUGGCCUUUCAACGGAACAAAGAAAAAGGUUGACAAUAGCUGUAGAAUUGGUUGCUAACCCAUCUAUCAUUUUCAUGGAUGAACCAACAUCUGGCCUUGAUGCUAGAGCUGCAGCCAUUGUUAUGCGAACUGUGAGAAAUACAGUAGACACAGGUAGAACUGUGGUGUGCACAAUUCACCAACCAAGCAUAGACAUUUUUGAAUCUUUUGAUGAGUUACUUUUGAUGAAAAGAGGAGGUCAAGUCAUUUAUGCAGGACCUCUAGGUCGCAACUCUCACAAGCUUGUAGAAUAUUUUGAAGCUAUCCCCGGUGUCCCCAAGAUUAAAGAUGGUUACAAUCCUGCAACAUGGAUGUUAGAGAUUAGUGCUCCUUCAGUUGAGGCUCAAAUGGAUGUGGAUUUUGCUGAUAUUUAUGCCGAUUCCUCUCUUCAUCAGAGAAAUCAAGAGCUUAUUGAAGAACUCAGUACUCCACCUCCAGGUUCCAAGGACCUAUACUUCCCGACCAAGUACUCCCAACCAUUCAUUACUCAAUGCUCAGCUUGUUUCUGGAAACAACACUGGUCUUAUUGGAGGAACCCCCAGUAUAAUGCCAUUAGAUUCUUCAUGACAAUUGUCGUUGGGUGUGUAUUCGGUUUUACUUUCUGGAACAAAGGACAACAUACAAUUAAACAACAAGAUCUAUUGAAUCUUUUGGGAGCUAUGUAUGCUGCUGUUGUCUUCCUGGGAGCCACUAAUGCCAAUACAGUGCAAUCUAUUGUUGCUAUUGAGAGAACAGUGUUUUAUCGUGAAAGAGCAGCUGGGAUGUAUUCAGAAUUGCCUUAUGCAUUUGCUCAGGUGGCUAUAGAGACAUUAUAUGUUAUAAUUCAAACAAUGAUAUACAGCCUUCUUUUGUACUCCAUGAUCGGGUUUGAGUGGAAGGUUGGCAAAGUCUUGUGGUUCUACUACUUCAUAUUGAUGUGUUUCGUCUACUUCACAUUGUACGGCAUGAUGGUUGUUGCAUUGACACCGGGCCACCAAAUUGCUGCCAUUGUGAUGUCCUUCUUCAUGAGCUUCUGGAACUUAUUCUCCGGUUUCCUUAUUCCCAGGCCACAAAUCCCAGUCUGGUGGAGGUGGUACUACUGGGCUUCUCCAGUCUCUUGGACACUAUACGGACUUGUGACCUCUCAAGUGGGUGACAAAAAUGCUUCCCUUGAGAUACCGGGAGAGGGUUAUGUGCUUCUAAAGAAAUUUCUUGAAGAUUACUUUGGUUUUAAGUAUAGCUUCCUACCAGUAGUUGCAAUGGUCCAUUUUGGUUGGGUCAUCUGCUUCUUCUUCGUCUUUGCCUACGGCAUCAAGUUCCUUAACUUCCAAAGAAGAUAACAAGCUUUGGUUCCAAAAAAUGGUGCUUUUCUAAAUUAUGUACGAAACUCGAAAUUAGAUUAUGUAAUUACUCAGGAGUGAGAAAAUGAAAUAUGUAGUCAUUACUCAACUAUUUUUUGUUGUUGUUGUCAUUUUUCCAUCUUUUUUUUGUUUGCUCAAUGUUGUGUUAUUAUAUAUAUAUUUUUUUUGUGACUUGGAUUGCU